CCAAUCUUUGUUUUUAAAUACCAACUUUCUCAAUUUCUUUCUAGAAAAGAAAUUAAGAAAGUAUCAAAUUAAAUUCAGACAUGGAGGCAUCAAAGAUAAAUCAAUUCUUUGUUGCUAUGGUGGUGGUUAUGAUGAUGGCAGCAUCAACUGUUUCAGCUGAUGUAGAAGCACCAGCUCCAAGUCCUACAUCUGAUGCUACAACCCUCUUUGUGCCAACAAUAUUUGCUUCCUUUGUUGCUCUUGUUUUUGGAUUUGUUUUUUAAAUUUAUGAACAAUGAAAUUGCAAUAUUGUUGUUUUGUAUUAAAUUAUGAUUCAUAAUAAUAUGUAACACAUUGAUUCCUUACUUUACAUGGGUUUUCAAUCGGAUUAUGUAACAUUA